CAAACUCAUUAUUCCAAAUUAACAUGAUACAUUCACAAAUUUAUCUUUAUGAUUCAUUAUGUCAUCUUCAUGUUUUAACUGUGAAAUUUAAUUUUUCCAAAGCCGAAAAAUAAGGCAACCGAACAUAAAAGAUGGUACAAGCGGUCUCAGAAAUGAAAGGGACAGCAGAAUCAUGUGAAGUGCCGCCACAUACUACACACACAUAUUCACUCACUCUCUUUCUCUCUCUUAACUAAUCAGUUAAAUUCAACAAAAACACACCUUUCGUGAGAACUUGUUGCUGUUGUUCUGUGGUUGGGGUGUUGGGAGCAAUUCGAGUUCAAUGGCUGCAACAGCUUCAAGGUUCAUCAAGUGUGUCACAGUUGGGGAUGGAGCUGUAGGCAAAACUAGCAUGCUCAUUUGCUAUACAAGCAACAAAUUCCCCACGGACUAUGUUCCAACAGUGUUUGAUAAUUUCAGUGCAAAUGUGGUUGUUGAAGGCACAACUGUCAAUUUAGGUCUCUGGGAUACUGCAGGGCAAGAGGAUUACAACAGGCUUAGGCCUUUGAGCUACAGAGGGGCAGAUGUGUUUGUCCUGGCUUUCUCUCUAGUUAGUCAUGCAAGCUACGAAAAUGUGUUGAAGAAGUGGGUUCCUGAACUGCAGCAUUUUGCUCCUGGCAUCCCAGUGGUGCUAGUUGGCACCAAAUUGGAUCUCCGAGAAGAUAAGCACUAUUUGGCUGAGCAUCCUGGCAUGGUGGCUGUGACUUCUCAGCAAGGUGAGGAAUUGCGUAAACUAGUAGGAGCUACAUAUUAUAUUGAGUGCAGCUCAAAAACUCAGCAGAACGUGAAGUCAGUGUUUGAUGCUGCUAUCAAGGUGGUCAUCAAGCCUCCAACAAAACAAGAGAAGAAGAAAAAACCACGUCGAGGGUGUCUUCUGUUAGUACACUUUUUUCACAUCAUAAUAAAUCCUGCACGUGAAACUUUCUUACUUGUGAAAAGGCAUUCAUCAUUAAGUGUUUACCACUGUUUACAAUCAAAAUUUUCCAUACAUGUGAUGCAACUUCAGAAGAAAUGUGAUGUGUGGAAGGAAUUUAGUUCGUUUUAAAUGAGACAUUUGAUCCAAAGAGUUUUCUUGGGAGGGAGAAGGUCUGUUGUGAAUGGAGAAAUACUAAGCUUUUGGUGCAAAUUCCUUGUAUAGAUGAAUCACAAGAAAUUUCAAAUUUAUUUCUUACUACUAGUGAACAGCAUUAUUUUUUGUCAA